AUGGCAACGUUCAUUACAACAUUAGAUGAGGAGAUAAACUACAUCCAGGAUUUACUUCAAUCUAUUCCUUUUAGUUCAGAUAGAACAACACACUUUUUAAAAGUGUAUAAAAUUUCACAUCAAGAAUUAAUGAAGUUGAACGAACAACCACUUAAAUUCCCUGUAGAAGCCAACAAAUUAUUAAAAUUGAGUAUAUCAUUAGGGAAUUUGAUUAGAACAUUACAAAUCGAUGAAGAAAGCUACCAGCAACAACAUAAUCAACAACGCCAGUUUUUACAGAAUUUAAGUAAUGCUAAAAACGGUGGUACUAACAGUGGAAACAAUAGUAAUAAUGGAACCAGAGUUUCAUCGACAAUUUCUGAUCCAUUUAGAGAUUCGGCAAUAUUACAACCACCUCCACUUAAACAUGUCAUCAAUUCAAAUAAUAAUUCCAAUACCAAUUUUAUGUCUCCCAAUGUUUCACAACCGCCUUAUCAAACUAGAUUUAUCAAGAAUUUGGUGAGUAUUUUGAAAAAUUUCGAUAUAGGCUCGAGGAAUGAUAUCGUUCAAUCAAGUACUACUUUGAAUGGAACGACGAUGAUGACGACGACAACAACAACAAAUAGAGAUAGUGUGAGUUCCAAUCAAUCGAUAUUUUAUACCCCACAAAGAGUUUUGUCUAAUGGAAGCAACACAUCUUCAGCUAAUAUGUCACCGAUUAAAUUGAAUUCAAAACAAUUACUUAUUGAAAAAUUAGAAAUUAAUAUCAAUUUAGAUAAUUUGUUUAUCUAUAAAAUCACUUUGAAAUUGAUUUUAGAAAUUUUCCAUAUAUUGAAACAAAACCUUAUAAAUACCACCAGUAAAUUAAAUGAUCCAUCAUUUGCCAUGACUCCAACCAAAUAUGAUUUUGAUGAAAGUUCAUCGAUAUUUUCCCUGAAUUCUUCAAAUUCUCAAGAUUCAACUUUAACUAAUGAUGAAUAUUAUAAAUUUUUAUCGGUAGUUAUACUGAGAAUAAGUCAUGGUAUUAUACAACCAUUUGUUAUUUUGAUAUAUAGAGAAUUUGUGGAAACGAAAAUAAGUGACGAUUUUACACAAUUGAUCAACAGUUUAUAA